AUGGCAUCUCUUACAUCGGCAUGCCGCAUGUCGGUGCGGCUUGCCUUUCGGAGGCUGCAACGCGAUGUCGCCGCCAGAGGCUUCCGGACAUCGGCCACCGCUCUGGCCGCCCAGAAUUUCACGAUGCCCGCUCUAUCACCCACCAUGACCGAAGGGAACAUCGCAACGUGGAGGGUGAAGGAGGGCGAGAGAUUCUCGGCCGGCGACGUACUCCUCGAGAUCGAAACGGACAAGGCGACGAUGGAUGUUGAGGCGCAGGAGGACGGCAUCCUGAUGAAGAUCAUGCAGGGCGACGGCAGCAAGGGCGUGCAGGUCGGCACACGGAUAGCAGUCAUCGCCGAGGAGGGUGAUGACAUCAGCUCGCUUCAGAUCCCUGCCGAGGGGAACGCCCAGCCGACAAAGGCUUCCGAGGCGCCGAAGACGCAGACUCAGGAGCCCCAAUCUCCACCAACCACCGCCGUACCCCCGGCGGACUCGGAAAUCGGAGCCAAGCCGGAAGCGAAGAAGUCUAAGAACACACAGAUUCCCCUGCCCUCAGUGCACUAUCUGCUCAAGGAGAACGGCCUUGACGUGUCCGUCCUCAACGACAUCAUUGGGACCGGACCCAACGGCCGUAUCCUCAAAGGCGACGUCCUCGCUUUCCUCGGCAAGAUUAACGCCAGCACGCCGUCCGAGAUCUCCUCGCGCUUCGACAAGGCGUCACAUCUCGACUUGAGCAACAUCAAGGUUGCCAAGGCUCCGGAGCCCAAGAAGCCCGCCAAGGAGGCUGCCCCAGCACCGCCGCCGGCGCCCGUCAAGUCUGUCGUCACACUUCCCGUCUCUUUGUCGGCCGUAGUUGAAGCCCAAAGGAAGAUACAGAAGUCCCUGGGCGUGUUCCUCCCGCUCUCCACUUUCAUCUCCCGGGCCACCGAGAUCGCAAACGACGAGCUCCCGCUCCCUGCCGGGUACCAGCCCACUGCGGACGAGCUGUUCAACCAAAUCUUGGGCCUGGACAAGGUAGCUAACCCGAAGGUGUCACGCGGCUCCUAUAUCCCACAAAUUGGUGCCCUCCCGCCCUCGUCUGUGCUCCAGGCCCGCCCAGCGCCUGCCAAGAGGUCCGACAUCAUUGACACUCUUGCUGGGCCGUCGAAGCCGAAGCCCGCUGCGAAGAAGACCACCGUGAUCCCCGGCGCGUCGACGGGUUCCAACAUCUUCAGCCUGCAAGUGCCCAAGGCCGAGGAGAGGAGGGCACAGGUUUUCCUUGAGCGGGUCAAGGUUGUCCUGGAAAACGAGCCGGGGAGACUGGUAUUGUGA